GUCCGCGCCCGCCCCGGAAGGGGCCCGAGGCCCGCGAGCGCCCGACGCUGCCUCGGAGCCAGGCGCGCGGAGGACUCGGGCGGGGGCGCGGGGCUCCCUGCGCCGCCCCGGCCCUGUCCUCUGGGCGCGUUCCUCCGCCUCGGCCCAGCCUCCCGCCCGGCAGUCCUGGGCGAGCCCAGCACCCCGUGGGCGCUGCGGGCGACCUGCAGCCCAGUCUGGCCCCGGGCCCCCUGGGAUCUGCGGAGGGCUUCGGCGGGCCUAGCCGGGUACCCGGGCUGGCAGGCGACCUCUGCGCCGCCGCCUUCCGUGCGGUCCCCUGGAGACCAGGGUGGGCGUUUGUAAAUAAACCCCUCGUGGCUCUUGCUCUCAGCUCUUCCUCGGACCCGCUGUCCGCUUGUCUUGGCCGGAGAGGAGAGGAGUUCCCUGAAGUUAGGAGAGAGACUUGUCUGGAGUCCGCUGCUGUUUGUUUUGAUGGCGAGACCUUGAGUCAUACCCGUCAUUGAGCAGCCAGGCGGGCUGGCCCUGGGGACCGGACACCGCGCACCCUGCGAGGGUUUCUAGCUGCACCGGAGCCUCCAGGGGGGUCCUCUGAAACAGUGGUGUUUCAGCCACAGAAGCCUGAGGAUGUGGCUCUUCUCCCAGCAGAGAGCUGCCCUUGAGUCUUCUGGGAGCCGAGAUCAGUGUCUGCUCUCCGGCCGCUCCUGGCAGAGCAGUACAGGGCUUGAAUGCAAUGAGCAGGGUGGGAAGCGAGGUCAGGAGGGUCCGGUGCCAGCAAGCUGGGCUCCUGAGGGGGCGGGUAGGUGCCCCUAGAAAAUCUUUCAAAGAGCAGCAGCUGACUUGGGAGGCUCCGGAUAGAAAGGGGGGGCUGGGUAGGUGUGUGCCUGCUCCUCAGCGGGGACGGCGCUCCCUCCUCCUCCCAGGUCAGCCAGCACAGGCACCUGCCCACACCAGGGGAACACAGCCCAUGUCAGGAGGGGCCCUGUGCCUCACGCUGCUGCUGACAUCUUGUCAGGGGCAGCCUCUGAACGGGACUCCUUUCUUGGAAGCUCGCACUCGUGGGCGUGCUCGGGUGUGCUCUGCUGUCUUCAGUCCAUCACUGGGAGAACUGUGAGGCUUGACCCAACUUCAGAAAGCCUUUCCUGGUUUUCCGAUGGCCUCCCCUUGGCACCAACACUUACCCAGCCCUGGGCCACAGCAUUUCCAGCCUCCGGGUGUGUACAGAUCUGUACAGGUUUUUUUUUUUCCAGAUAAGUAUCUUCUUAAAAUGUGGUCGUUAGACCACAGCACCGCACAGAAUUGUUGUGAAAGCGCCAUGCUCUCUCAACCCUUUCCCCACCAUGUUUCUCUUGGCAGAACCGGAUCUGUCUUGUUUCUGAGGCUGGUCCCACAAGGAGCUCCCCCACAGCAUCCUCCUUCCCAGCUCUCUCUUCUGUCCCUGUUUCUUACUCUUCCCCAGUGUCUCGUCUGAUGUCCUAAAGGCACACGCGCACAGGCACAGAGGACUUAAGGGCUCGCACUUUUCCUUAAAAGAGCCCCUGGCGGUGGUGGUGUUGGUCCCAGGUAGCCACCUAACCGUAAACAGUCUGCCUCCACGAGACAGUUUCUGGUGGUGCGAGUGGCCGUGCGUGGGCAGCACUGGACAGAAGAGGAGAGAGGGUGUGGUGGGGGGUUUUCAGUCAGAAGGCCGUCAGUGGGGCUUGUGGAAGAGCCCCCAAGAGCUGCCCUGGAGCCCCAGAGGAGGGCGAUCAUUUCUCAUCUUCGGGGGACAUCUGGAAGCAGAAGCUGCGUGGCUAUGGAUGACCCUCUGGUGGACCUUCCCCUGAGGGCCUGUGUGUGUUGGGGCCGGCUCAGCCUUGGGCUCCCCUGGCUUCUGUUCUCCUUUCAUGCUCUCUCAUCAGCGCUGUCCCACGGGGCCUUCCGUGUCCGUGUCCCCACAUGCGGUCAGUGAGCAGAGAUCACAGAGAAAUCAGAGCACUCACGUCUGGGGGGGAAUGUAGGGAAUGAGGAGGACAGGUGUGUCCUGUGUGCUCAGUGUGCCUCUGCCCGGUCAGGUAGAUGCUGUCACUAUUUCUUUUGCACAAGAGGCCACGUUUCCAGGGGUCCCAGCAAAACCGGAGCUGGAGCUCUGGCAGUCGGGCAGGCUGGUCUCUGAGCCCCCACCUCCCCCCGCAAGUGCCCUUGCAGCAGUGACCCUGGGGACCGCUGAACCUUGAUGGCCAGACACACAGACCCGCAGGGCUGCGGGCAGGUGCUUCCGGGUGCAGAAGGGAGUCUGCAUGCACCUUCCCAAGACCCCCACCUCCGUGGCCCCCUCCAGCUGGCAAAGAGGUGCCCUUUGCCUUGACCUGUGCCUUUGUCGGAGAUGUGGUCCUGAGGCCAACACUGACGACAUGGUAGCCCGUCCCCUGAGCGCUCCUGGGCAGUGCCUUCUGCGUGUGUGUUGUACAGCUUUGUGGAGACGGACCCGCCUCGUUUGAAGCACGCACGGCGGCGUCCACUGAGUGUCUGCUGUCGAGCAGGCAUCCCCAUCGCAGAUGGACCUGCGCUCCGUCCGUGGACGGGUCUGUUCUGGAUUUUCCAUGUCAGCGCACGACCUUAGCUUGGUGGUCCCGAGGCCCCAUUGGCCGUGUCUGGCAGUAGCUCUCUCGUGCUGGGGACAGGCCGCAUCCAUGUGUCCUUUACCCGUAGCUCCUGCAGUGGCACUGCCGUGCGCACCUGCGGGACAGCAGCACACUCUCCCCCUGACUGACGAAGUGAGAGGCCAGCGUUGGCCGAUAGGCUGGUCAGACCCUUGGGACGGCAGGAGAGGCGUCCUGGAACGCUUGUCAGAGCGCCGUGGGGUGGGUGCCGGAGCACCUCUGUCCCACGCCUGCCGGGGUGCCCUGCGGGCCCUCCCCAGGUUCUGCGGGGAGUGCCUCCAGCCCUGCCUCCAGGUGCCGUCCCCCCUCUGCCCGCUGUGCCGCCUGCCCUUCGACCCCAAGAAGGUGGACAAGGCUGCGCAUGUGGAGAAGCAGCUCUCGUCCUACAAGGCACCUUGCAGAGGCUGCAGCAAGAAGGUGACGCUGGCCAAGAUGAGGGUGCACGUCUCCUCCUGCAUGAAGGUCCAGGAGCAAAUGGCCAACUGUCCCAAGUUCGUCCCCGUGUUGCCCACGUCCCAGCCCAUCCCCAGCGCCGUCCCCAACAGGUCCACCUUCACCUGCCCCUACUGCGGCGCCCGCAACCUGGACCAGCAGGAGCUGCUCAAGCACUGUGUGGACAACCACCGCAGCGACCCCAACCGCGUGGUGUGCCCCAUCUGCUCGGCAAUGCCCUGGGGGGACCCCAGCUACAAGAGUGCCAACUUCCUGCAGCACCUGCUGCACCGGCACAAGUUCUCCUACGACACCUUCGUGGAUUACAGCAUCGACGAGGAAGCCGCCUUCCAGGCUGCCCUGGCCCUGUCUCUGUCCGAGAACUGAAGGCACAGCCCAGCCCCUGGACCUGACCCCUCCGGCCUCGGGAGACUGGGCCACCUCCAGGGACUGGGCCUCCUGCGCCUGCGCAGGACAAGCGGAGCCUCCUGUGUUGCAGGACAGGUGGUCCCCGAGCCCGCCAGGGCCGUGGUCCUUGGAAGGUGGACACCAGUGCUCCCGGCCAAGCGCGGCUGGCUCCCUCGGUGCUUCGGGCUGAGCAGGUGGCCCUCGCUGGGCCCGAGAGCGGGGGCGGUCUGUCUCCAAGCCAUGCUGUCCUCGUCCGACUCGGUGCACCCCAGCGGGGUCCCGCAGGCCUAUGCGGAGCAGGAAGCGCCAGGGGAGCCCCGCCCACCAUGGGGGGGGGGGCGCUUCCAGUUCACCCGCUCGGGACUGGCUUUUGUGAUACUUAGAAUUCUGGCAUUUUUCUAUACUAUUCAGCGUGAUGAUCUUUCCACAUUUUAUAGAGCAAAGACCGAGCAGUUACUGCUCGUACUGCAAUACCCGUGUUUGACUAGACAAUAGUAUUUUUAUGGAACAUUUACAAAAUUAUAUUUUUUAAAAAAACAAUCAAAAAUAAACAGUUGUGGGGUCUGCGCGGGGGAGCGAAAGGCGCCGACGCCAGAGCCAGAGCGCACCCCGGGGCUUUGCUCAGACAGAUCCUGGCGCUGCUCUGCUGGGUUCCCCUUCCCAACUGCCAGGAGGAACCCCGGGGCCCCCAGCUGCUCGCAGCGGCUCCUGACUCCGCGGUUGCCCCAGCAGCGCCGGCCUCCUCCCACUGGGGUCCUGGCCCCAGCCCUGGCCCUGCUGUCUUAUCCCCAGGUGGACCCCAAGCGCUGUCCGUAGGCCGCCCCUGGGGACGACAGCUGGGGAUGGAAGACGCAGUCUUGCUCUAUCGGUUCGCGGCAUAAGUUAUUGCUCUUUUAGAAAAACUUCAAUAAAACAUCUCAAAGCAUC